AUGAAGCACAGCCUCUGCGACCCUCUGAUUCUCCUCCUCAUCCUCGGCAGCAGCGGCGAUGCAGAUGGCCUGGGAUCCGUCCUGCACAUUUCAUACAAACACCUCAGAUAUCCUCUAACCUGGGAGAACGCCCAAAGCUUCUGCAGGCGUGAAUUCACUGACCUGGCCACCUUCUAUUCACUGUCGGAUGUAAACGCUGCGUACUUCAAGAGCUAUAACUCCUGGAUCGGUCUGCACAAAGACACCUCUUGGUUAUUCGGCACCAAGUGGAUCUGGUCUGACGGUCAAACCCACAAAGUCAACUGGCAAGACAACGUGGAAAACGCCGAGGGAAACUGUGCUUCUGUGGCAUACAAAGACAAAAAGAUCUACGUCAGAGACUGCGGGAACCGUCUGUUCUUCACCUGUCAGACGUCUGAUAAGAAUUAUGUCUUCAUACUGGAGGCAAAGACUUGGCCAGAAGCAUUGGACUACUGCAGGUCAAACUAUCGCGACCUGGUCAGUUUUUCUAGCGACGAUUACGACGACGUCUUCUUUGACCGGGAGAUUCCCACCUGGAUCGGACUUCACAGAGACGGAGCAUCGUGGAAAUGGAGCUGGGGAGACACUGAAUAUACAAACUGGUUAGGAGAGCUGAGCGCCAGCAAUGACUGCGGCUCGAUCUCCUCGCUGACGAAGACGACGGCUCCCCAAGGCUGCGGUACUCCCCUCCCGUCCCUCUGCAUCGCAGACAAUCUGGUCCUGAUGAAGGAGAAGAGGAGCUGGCAGGAGGCGCUGGAGCUCUGCAGAGGCCUCCAGUCCUCCAGCGACCUGCGUUACGAUCUGCUCAGCCUGCAGCCUGCAGACAAUCAGGACUUCAUCAGGACCAAGGUCAUGCAGGCCGACACAGAGGAGGUUUGGACCGGCCUGCGUUUCCUGGCUGGUGAUUGGCUGUGGGUGAACGGAGCAGACAUGUUGUUCACCGAUCUGCCCUUCUGCCCCGCCCCGGGGCAACACUGUGGGAUCCUAUCCAAAAGGAGCAGCAGCAGCAUGGAGACCAGGGAUUGUUCAGAGGGAAAAAACUUCCUGUGUUACAGUUACAAACCUGUGGUCUAAAUAAAGGUCUUCUGACUCUUGGAGAAAUCUGUUUUCUAUGACAGAAACUGAUAUGAAAGUUUAGCAAAUACCACAAAUUAUCUGUUAUAUUUAGUUUAUGUUAUAGGUGUAAAUAUUUAAUCAACUUUGUUUGCCCAAGUUUUAUGAUUUCCUGUGUUUUAUAACUAUAAUUCACCACAUUUCCAAGUUUAAUUUCAAAAGCUACACCCAACCGUAAUUCAAAGUCAGACAUUUUCAAUCAAGAAAUUACUAAACUGGAGCCGUCCUGACAGCAUGAAGCAGGCCAGAGGAUCUGAAAAAGCUUCGAUUCAAGUCGUCAGUCCGUCUGGAAGAGUUUCCACCGUUUCUAAGACUUUAUGACGCUGGAGAAGCACAGAUGGAGAAAACGAGGAAACGGCGGAGAAGUUACUGCAACUCUGUUAUUUUUGAAAAAAGACUUUUUCAAUUAUUGUUCAGUAUCAGCAAGAUUAUGCUGAAAGAAACUCUUAAAACGUUUGUAUCUUUUACUAUUCUUCUAAAUAAUUGUGAAUUUCUUCUAUAUUUUCCAAGCGACAUCAAACUUUUGGCUGAAAAUUGUAUCAGAAUGUUCAGAAAAUGUCCGAAGUCAU